AUGAUAUCAUUAUCGGAAGCAGAAAAAUUGAAAAUUACCAAUGGGAAUCCUACGGCCAUUGAUCUCUUUCAAGAACAAUCUCCAAAAGGCUUCUCUGGACAAUUCAUUGAAACACAUUCUCAAGCCUUUGAUUUUUCAAAGGAUCUGAUCAAUCUCAACGUGAAUCAAGAUAUGGGAAUCAUCUCUUGCCAACGCUCGAAUGGAAACCGAACGAAUGAAUUAAUUUAUUUUCAUUGUAGUGGAAUUAAAAUUUUUGAACAACAACAACAAAUGAAUCAUCAACGUGAUGAAAAUUCGGAACGAAAUGAUUCUUUCACUCUGGUUCGUUCUUUUAAUUAUCCACCUUCCAAUCGAUGCUAUGCUCCCUCAAUUUAUGGAAUUAUUUAUGAUAAGAAGGAUCAUUCAUGCAUCUUUUUGACAAGUCUUGAAUUGAAUUAUGAACCACGAUUGAUCAAGCUAAGUUUGGACACUGGCAAAGUGAUAUGGAACACUUGUCUCUCAGAAUUUAAGGUCAAUUCAAAAAGAUAUCAAAGUUUUAUUCAUCCAGUGAUGGAUAGUCGUGGAAUUAUUUAUUUGGGAGACACUUCUCAAAAGAAAAUUUAUGUAAUUUGUAAUGAAAGUGGUCGAAUUUUGGACAAAAUGGGUCAACACUGUAAGAAAUCGUUUCCACAACAUCUUGUACAUUUUUGGAGUUGUUCUUUGGAUCGAAAUGACAAUUUAUUACUGUCAUGUUAUGAUCACAAUUUUCUGCCAGUGUUCAAAGUUUUCACAAGAAAUUUACAAUUUGUAAAAACCAUUUCACUGCAAUUGUAUUUAACAAAACCAUUGAUUUAUGAUCCCAUUUCGGAUGGAUAUUUGUUAAGAACUCGAGAUACAUGUUAUUACUUGUCCAAAGAUUUCCAAACCAUUUCACACAAGACCAUUUCUUCUGAAUCUCAUGUUUCAUUUUUGAAUGGUGUGCUAUUUAGCAUGAAUACUAGAAAAUUGCAAUGCUACGAAUAA